AGGUGUUGCAGCCAUGAUGCUCUUCGGUUCUCUCCUCCUGCUCGUCUUCUUCACCGGUGACGUGCGCUCUGAGGAGAACUGCAGUUACCAGGAUGUGUUGAACUACCUGAACAUUAGCAGAACCAACGAGCGCUUCACCAUGAGCCGGCCUGUGAAAAACUACAGACACGCCACCCAGGUGUACCUGGAGGUUCUGCUCUACGCCAUCCUCGAUGUGGUUGAGAAAGAGCAAAAGUUCAUUCCUUACGUUUGGACUGUCAUGCGGUGGCACAACGAGUACAUUUCCUGGGAUCCGAAACAGUUUUGUGGAAUUGACAAUGUUUCUCUUCCAACUGAGCUUCUGUGGAAGCCAGAUAUCACAAUUGAAGAAAUGACAGAGAAGGACAGAGCUCCCCCGAGUCCUUAUCUCACCAUCAAUGAUAAAGGAGACGUGGAGGUCCACAACGACCAGGUGUUAGUCAGCAGCUGCAGGAUGCACAUCUACAAGUUCCCCUUCGACAUACAGAGCUGCAGCCUCUCCUUCAAGUCCGUCAUACACACCGCUAAGGACAUUCGGCUGCGGCCCAGUGACAACUCCUCAGAGGCCACCGAGUGGUCUCGGGAGGUGAUGCGGACGCAGUACGAAUGGUUGUUCAUCAACAUGACGGUCACAGCCAACAACGCCACCGAUCCACUCGGCCAGGACAUCAUAGUUUACACUAUCAACAUGAGGAGGAGGUCGGCCCUCUACAUCGUCAACUUCAUCCUCCCCAUCCUCUUCUUCUUGGGUCUGGACUUGGCGUCCUUCCUGAUCUCCGACACUGGCAGCGAGAAGCUGAACUUCAAGGUCACCGUGCUUCUCGCCGUCACCGUGCUGCAACUCAUCCUGAAUGAGAUCCUGCCCUCGUCGUCAAACAGGAUCCCGCUCAUAGCGGUUUACUGCAUCGGGAUCUUUGCUCUGAUGAUGCUCAGCCUCCUGGAGACGAUCCUGGUGAUGUACCUGAUCGAGAGAGACUCGGCACCGCAAGACAACGAGAUGGACGAACACAGAAGCCUGAGGGAGGAGUGUAACCAGGGCAAAGACAAUUUCCAAAACUGUCAUGACGAGAUGCAGACUUGGACUCAGUGCUCGAGUAUCUAUGAUGGUGCUGGUGAAACUCCGUCUGAGCAGCUGUCCAUGGCCAACGAGCAUCAGAGCAGGCGGCUGGUGGAGCAGGACCAGGUCCUGGAGAAGGUCUCGGACGAGCUGAGGGAGAUGGAGAAAACUCUGAGUCUGAUCCUCAGCAGCCGGAGGGACGAGUUCAAACCCGGCUACUGGAGCACAAUGGCGAAAAGAGUCAACAAAGCUUUCUUCAUUUUCUACGUCAUCGUGAUCAGUGUGUUUUUGUUUUGCAUCUUUGUAAAAUGGAAAUCCAAGUGAUGAUCACAACAGCAUGAAAACACGAUCCAGCAACUUUCUCCUGUUGUGACAAACAUCAGACUCAGAGCUUAGAAUUCAGUUUCCCUCGUACCUGGUGUGCGCUUGUUUCCAGAGCUGCUUUCAGACAGAUGUGUGGAGGGGCUUUAUGUGAGAACGCAAAUGUUCGACAUU